CCUCCGUUGCCCCGGUGACGGCGGGCGUCCGCCGCCAUCAGCCGCGCAGCGUCUCCGCAUCCCGCGGGCGGCUUCCGGUCGGACUCUCCGCCGCCUCCACGGUAGAAGUACCAGUCUUCACAAGUAUGCUUAGUAGCUUGCUCCAUUUCCCGGGCUAUGGGCUGUGCUUGGAGGGCAAAGAUGCAGUGCCUCCAUUUAUUGAUCGAAGAUGGAGAGAGAGGGCUCAGCGGCGCCUGAAGGCUCUUCAGCAGCUUGCAGUAGGUCAAACUUCUCUUCACAUACCCCAAAUGGUGUAUGAAGAUCCUGAAGUUACUGGAAGGAAUCGCUACAAAUAUUUUGCAAGACCUCUUGUCCCUCCUAACAAGCUGCUUCCACUAGAUGUUUCUUAUGUGAUUGCAAAGACAGAGCCCAAUGUCUAUUUAUCUACAAGAGACAGCGAGAUCUUUGGUCCCAAAAUACGAACUUUUGGCACACAGACCGAUUACAGGGAUGGUGAAGCCCAGACAGAUCCAUAUUCCCCUGAAUAUGUAGUUCCCAGUGGCUCAGUCCCCGAGCUUCUGACACUUGCUACUCUCACUUGGGGCCGGGGGCUACCAGCAGGACUAGCCGAAGUGGAGAUGAUUGAACGUGCCCGGGAAAAACGUGCAUGGGAAGCAACUCUUCCAGCCAUGGACAGUGCCUCGAACACUGCAAAGAGGAGGAAAAUGAUGGAGGAAAUGGAGAGGAAGGAAUGGGCUUUUAGAGAACAGGAAAUAGAAAAGUUGCAAGAGAUUCGACUGGAAGUCUUUAAGAAGCUGCUGCAGAGGCGAGAGGAGAGACAAAAUGAGCUGGAUGCCAAGCGCUUGGAUGACCACUGGCAAAAUCAUCAGAAGGCUAAAGAAGAGAAAAUAAAAAAGAUUCAGCGCGAUUUUGCACUGAUGCUCAGGAAACUGAUAGCUAAGAAGAAGAAUGUGAUGGGGAAGCUGGAAAGACGCAAUAUCAUCAAAGAAUAUACUGACUUUGCAUCACAAACAUAUGCUCCUUUGUCUAGGAUUGGGUAUUUCCCAGACAACCAUUCUGAACACUAUGUUGUAAAAAACUUCUAUCUUAAAACCUUUGCAGGACUGUGCGAACUGGAAGCAUCUCUCCCAGAUUCUGUCACCCAGGUCGAAAUUAAAGCUCCAAAGCCUAAAAACAACAUCACUAAGACUGGAUAUAUUAAAAGAUCAGCAAGGCUAGAAGUGGAGCUGGCACUGGUUCACCAGGCACUGUUGGAGAAGAAGAAUAAAGUCAAGGAGCCAAAGAAGCCUCUUCACUUCCUUGAAAAAGUAGAAAAGCCUGUCCCUCGUCCCCCUACUCCAAUUUUGGAAAAACCAUCAAUUGAGGAAGAGGAAAGAGAACUGGCAGUGAUCUGCUUGCAGAAAUUGCUCCGAGGCAGGGCUAUUCAGAACAAGAUGUUUGAAGAGAAGGAGAAGAGGCUGGAACUGAUCCAAGAGCUGCGCACCACUCAUGCACUUCAAGAGAAUGGACAACUGCUUCUGAAAGUACAGGAGAAAAUGACCCGGGCCUUACAGCAGCAGCAUGACUUGAAAAUGCACAAGCUGUCAUCAAUGGAAAGCCACUUGGCCUGGGAAGAAGGAAGGGCACUGGCAAACAUGUUUGAUUUCCUAUCCAAAGAACUGCUGAGGCUGCAAGAAGAGCGGAGGAUCCAUGCUUUUGUCAUGCUGGCUGAGAGGACCAGGCGGAUGCGGGAAGCGGAGGAGAGUGGGCGCCGACAGGUGGAAGAGAGGCAGCGGCAGGAGGAAGAUGAGAUCUUCAGACAGGUGGUGAAAAUGCACCAGAGCACUGUUGACUCCUACUUGGAAGACAUUAUCUUAAGUAGCAUGGAGAACACAGCUGAAGAGCAAGCAAGGGAAGAAGUUCAGAGAAUGGCUGUAGAAAUCAAUGACAUUGCUUAUGAACUGGAAAGAAGUCGAACUCACCUACAGUCAGAAGAGAUUGUAGCAGAGCUGGUUUAUGCUUUCCUGAUACCAGAGAUUGAGAAAAUGUCUAUCAGAGAAAAAGUGAGGCAAUCCCAAAGGAAACACAUCUAUGCUGCUCAUCAGAUCAUCCAUGGGAGUGUGGAAGAGUUAUUGGCUGAUCCAGCAUUACACCAGGAGAUGCCUGCCAGCAAGAUGAGGGGAGCUCCUCCUGUUGAGACAGCCAGCACUGCUUUGGGCAGGACCAACAGUGGACAGACUGUGGCUGAUAGCUCUCACUCUGCCCCAAUUGCACAGGAUGUGUGUAAACCUCAGCGUGAAGAGAGCCCACAGGAGCCAGCAGUGAGCCCUGCUGAUGGACCAGACAAAGAUGGCAUGGCCUCCUAGAGAUAUGAAUACGGUGAGUUUCCCUUCCCCUCACUGAUCUGAGCUCAGAGCAUAGGGAAGGAGAUAGAAGCACAUUACAUUUACUUUUUCCAAGGCGUCCAGAAUGCAAAAUUCAUUAUUUGACCCUUCAACUGCCCACCAGCUAUGCUGUCUUGGAACCAAACAACAGUGUGACAGUCCCAGUCCAACCCCUCUACCCAUCGACCACUGAACCUCAUUAGCUAAUUUUUCUCUUCUAAUUAUUAGAGAAGUUUGAGUGAGAGACCACUUUUGAUAUUCUUACUUGUAUUCCUGGAGCAGGCCAACAGUGAUGUGCUCCUGAGCUUUUGAUGGUGCUUCCUUUUAUCAGUAACACUGAAUGACAAAACAUUCCAGCAGUGGGAUGUAUCAAGGUGAGCCCCUGCACACAGCUUUUCUCAAGCACAUCCCACUGCUUGCCUUAAUGGAGUAAAGCAGAGAGCAAGUUGUAUCAACAGCACCACUUAUGGGCAUUGUAGUUGAAUGAAACCCCUCUUUGAUGAGCUACUAAUUGUGCCAGACCUUGCACCAUCUUUUCAUGUCAUGCACUUAGGAAAGACACCCUUGGCCUCAGUGAGAGGCUUCUGCCAGCCAGGCAGCCUCUGUCACUAACAAUCAGAUCUGGACCUCUUUGUGCUUUUUCUCAUCCUGAUGGAGACCACUUCUGGGUAGUACCUUAUUUCUUAGAACAGCAUUAGUCGCUCUGCCCUUCAUCUAUGGGGGAAAAGCAGGAAGAAUGCUGGCACAUUCUGAUGUGCAGGCAGGGGUUGCUCAGGCUCAGGAUGCCAGCAGCCAGCGGGCCGUAGACACAGGCAGUGAGACACAGCAUCUGAGCAGGAAGCUGUCAGCUCUCCAGCACUCACCUGUCAAAACUCUCUGGGUUCAGCGUCUCAGAGGUACGUUUAUACCAAUCCCAACAUCAAACUCAAGCACAGCCAUGACCAAACACCUCAAAUGCUUGCUUACUCACCGUUCCUAGAGUUAUAACUUACUCAGCAAUGCCAGUGCGUAUGAUAUCUGCGUACUUCCAGCACCUCUUUGGACCUGAUUACCUGUGCUUUGUGUUGGGGAGCCACAGGCAUGGUCCAGCUCCAGCUAAUUGUGAGCAUUGCUCCAUUCCUUCAAAACCAGCAGUUGUUCAAAAAUCCAGGCCCACCAGGGCAUUUCUGGAAAUAUUUUGCAUCACUUUUCCACUCAGUGGACUGAAGUGGGCGAGUGGCAGAUAGAAGAGAGAGAGGAAAAAAAAAAUGGAGUACUCCUGUAGUCCACUGAGCUGUAAAUGAGGACUGGAGAGAGGAACACUGCUGCACCACAAUGCCAUUGCCAGGCUGUCAGCCCUGGACCAGGGGCACCAGACAAGAAGGGGGUGGGGGGGCUCUCAGCCUCUGUAAUGCUGUGAAGUCUGGCAGGAGUCAGAGAUGGGUGAUGGGUUUUGGUGAGGAUGCUGUGAGGAUGAGUGUGGCAGGGUUUAUGGACUGGGGAAAAUUCCCAUGGUGUUCCUCGCAAAGCACUGGAAACAAAGGUAACAAAUGUAGAAACAGAAAGCAAAAUCACAGAGUGUGGGAGGAGCGGGUUUGCAGGGCAUUGGUUCCUUUGCCUCAGGCCACCUUGGACAAAUUUAGCCUGGUUGAAAGAGGGGAUAA